GGUGGAGAAUGUUGGCUUCAUAGCAAACAUGGUGAGCUUGGUGUUGUACUUCAUGUACGUAAUGCACUUCGAUCUGGCUGGCUCCUCGACCACUCUCACUAACUUCGUGGGUGCAACCUUCCUGCUCACCAUCGUCGGAGGUUUCAUCUCCGACACGUACAUGACCAGGCUCAACACGGCUCUUCUCUUCGGGUUCUUCGAGAUCGCGGUAACUUGAUCGACCUGUUGUAAGCUACCGACUGUGCUUUCGUCUUGUACUGACCAAUUGCAUGCAUACAAAGGGUUACAUCCUUCUCGCCGUUCAAGCUUACAAGAGCAGCUUGCGUCCUUGCUCGACAUGUCGCUUGGAGGGACGAAACGCGCUGCUUUUCCACGCGAUCUUGUGUCUCUUGGCGAUAGGCUUCGGAGGGACACGGGGGUCGUUCCCUGCGCUUGGAGCAGACCAGUUCGACAAGAAGAACCCCAAGCAGAAGUACCAAAUCACCACCUACUUCAACUUUAUGUUGCUCAGCGUCACUCUGGGCGCCACUGUGGGGGUGACGGUGAUCGUCUGGGUGAGCACCGAGAAGAAACAGUGGUCAUUGGCUUUCUUGAUAUCCAUGUUGCUCGCCUUGCUUGGCUUCGCCUUCCUCGCUGCCGGGAAGCCUUUCUACCUCGUCCGCGUUCCAGGAGACAGCCCCCUCCUCAAGCUCAUCCAGGUCUGUAGUGCCUCCUCAGAGAACCACUAGAUUAAUGCAAGAUUGACUCCCUUAUAUUUCAGGUCGUAGUUGUUGCAUUCAAGAAUCGGAAGCUGACCGUGCCUCAGAAUUCUGAUGAUCUGUAUGAGAUCAAUGAGAAAGUGGAUGAACAUGUCGAAGAAAAGCUACCACAUUCCAGCCAAUUGAGGUGAUGUCCUGUAAAUACAUGUCUGCUGUGUUUUGGUUUCAGUACUACUAUGGAAUGAAGAGAGAUGGGUCGUCAUCUCCAGGUUCUUAGACAAAGCAGCGGUGCUGCCGGAAAACACCAGAGCAGAGCCAUGGAAGGUGUGCACGGUAACACAAGUAGAGGAGCUAAAGAUCAUCAUCCGCAUGCUCCCCAUCCUGGCCAGCACCAUACUCAUGAACACCUGCCUCGCCCAGCUUCAGACCUUCUCGGUGCAACAGGGCAACAUCAUGGACCUCCACCUCGGCUCCUUCGAGGUCCCGGCCGCCUCCAUCCCCGUCAUCCCCGUCGUCUUCAUGUCCAUACUCAUCCCCAUCUACAACUUCGUCUUCAUCCCCUUCGCACGCGGCAUCACCGGCCACCCUUCCGGCAUCACCCACCUCCAGCGCGUCGGCGUCGGCCUCGUCCUCUCUGCCGUCUCCAUGGCCAUCGCCGCCGCCGUCGAGCUGAAGCGCCGCAACGCGGCCGUCCAAGACGGCAAGCUUAUCAGCCUCUUCUGGCUGUCCUUCCAGUACGGCAUAUUCGGGGUGGCCGACAUGUUCACGCUGGUUGGGCUACUGGAGUUCUUCUACAGCGAGGCGCCGGCCGGAAUGCGCUCCCUCUCCACAUCCCUCUCGUUUCUCUCCCUCUCCUUCGGCUACUUCCUCAGCUCCAUCUUCGUGCAAGCCAUCAACGGCAUCACAGGGAGGUUGACGCAAAGCCGGCAGGGAUGGCUCCACGGGCUGGAUCUGAACGCGAACCGCCUGGAACUGUUCUACUCUUUCCUCGCCGUAUUGAGCUGCCUCAACUUUGGGGUCUAUCUCAUGUGUGCCAAAUGGUACAAGUACAGGGCGGAAGGUUCAGCGGCGGCCACUGCGGAAGGCGAUAAGAGUACUGAUGCACCGGCCGAGCGCUCUAUCAAUGGCGUUGUGUCUCCGGAUAAGUUAAUCUGAUGGAUAGCCAGCAAUCCAAGGGUUGCAGAUGGAAGAAAAUGAUGCUGCUUCGUUUACAGCUUCCAUACAUCUAUAUGUUUGUAGUAUUGCCAGAACCAAGUUAUAUGUAGAGCACGGAUCCUCUUCUGGCACAGUUAUGUGAAG